AGUAUAAUAGGUUCACCGCCGCGGUUAUCGUAGCCAUUUCAACCAAACAAAACAGCGAAAUUUACUUCAGACCUCAAUUUACUUGUCAAUUACUAAUGCUCAGUUAUUUUAGUUGAAAUUUAAAGGCGUAUUCCAAAAUACAUAAAUGAAUGUUCAAUUUGUUCAAUUACCACCUCCAUAUGAACCACCCCCAAAGUGGAUUCCAGCAGAAGAAGUUGGUUUAGCUGCUAAGUACUGCUAAGGCAGCCUAAGGCAUAAUUCAUAAUAUAAGGGCUAAGGGCCUAAUGACUUAGGCUUAAUACUUUUAGUUUUAGGAGAGGCUUAGUUAGUCUUAGGCUUGAGUUAAGAAUGAAAACUUAAGUUAAGAGUUAAACCUUAUGUCAAGGCAAUUAAAUUUUAAUUAACUAAGUCUAAGCAAUUAUUCAGUUACAAUGAAUGGUAGGAACUUGGGCUAAGGUGAAGAGAUAGCACCCUGACGUCUUUUACGUGUUUUGCCCCUGGUUUCAAUAGGGUCAAAACCCAGGUUAGGGAUAAGUUUAGGGUUCAGGUUAGGUUUAGGGAUAAAUUUAGGCUUAGGACAUAAAUUUGCCAUGGCAUGGUAAACAAAUGCGAUGCUAUCUCUUCACAUUUAGCGGAACUUGAACGCAAUUUCAUUGAUAGUAUGCUAUUUAUGCUAUAGUAUGCCUUAUUUUUAAACUUAUAUAUAUGUAAUAUACUUAAAUUUAAAUUAGACUAAAUAAUAUUAAUUAUAUGAUUACUAAUAUGGCCCCAUAAAAUAAGCAUCUAUACACAACUUCCUUCCCUCUUGUCUGCACUUACAUACAUGUUGUUUCCCCCCCCCCCCCCCCACCGGCUGUGGACAUCCUCAUCACAAAAAUUUACAGGAAAAAAUGAUUAUAAAGAGCAAAAAGUCACUAGAUUUAAACUUUUGAAUAAGUAUGGUUCAGGUCCAUCCCCAUAUUGCAUUUGUAUUGAAGGGAGAUGGGCAAUACAAUGUUCCUUCUAAGAUGCAUGCGCGGAGCGCCCAUGAGGUUGGAGCGCAGAAAUAAAUAGGGACACUGUAAAUUUAAUUAAGAAAAAAUAGUACGUUUUUUUUCUAUUAUUUUUUAAAUUGUACAAAUAAUUAAAUUAUUUUGCCAAUAGCAAUUGAUGCUGUCAGACUGUCAUAUGCAUCAUUGGUCAAUGCCCGAGGCAUAACCUGGUCCCAAUUUGUUCAUAUUCAUUAAAAUUCAAUUCCAAUUGGUGAUCUCAAAUCUUAUCUAAAAACAAAAGAUUUGUAUAAACACAAUCAUGUCAAGAGGCACCGAUAUUUCCACCAGAAUUUCUUCCGUUGCUCUCCAGUUAAGUUUUUAUAAAUAAUUAUAAUUUAUAUAUUAUAAAGAGUAAAGAGCUACUUCUCAUUUAAAAUCUUUACAAUUUAUUUAUGUGUGUGACGAAACAUGUCAGAAGUGUUAUCAUUUACAAUUGUAUGUAUUAAAAAUAAAUAAAUAUGUACCAAACUUAUUUGAUAGGUGUAAUGACUUGUGGCCCGCGAACAGUUGAUUUUAUUUGAUAAAUAUAAUGACAUGUGGCCCACGAAAAGUUGACUUUAUUUGAUAGAUUUAAUGACAUGCCGCCAAGGAAAGUUGAUUUUGUUUGAUAGUGGCCAGAGAACAGUUGCCUUUAUUUGAUAAUGUAAUGACAUGCGGCUCGCAAAGAGUUCACUUGCAAUAAAAUGGAAUGUGAAACCAUUUUGUUUGGCCACCUCUGCUGUAGUCUGUAUGAUUGUAUUUAUAAAUAGUGGUUAACUCUCGGGAAUGAAAAUUGCUAAUUUUCAUAUUUUACAUUACAAGUCGUGGUUAUGGCGUGCAUUCAUUUUUGCUCUUUUCAAUAUAUUGCGCAAAACAAAUCUUGGCGCUUAGCUCCUCCAAAACUUAGAUGGAACAUUGGGGAUGAGGGAAGUUGAUUUGAGAGAUUUUGGAUACUGUAUGGCGGGUGGGGAGGUUCAGGAGAAAGCAAGUAUACUUAAUAAUUAGUCAGUGACAAAUUUAAGGCCACUGUUUGGGAUUCUAUGCAUGUAACAUAAAUUGUAAAAAAUUAUUUCGUUGGGCUGAAUCAAACAGCUGCACUGGCGGGAAAAAAAUUGGGACUUGGGGGGUACCUGUAAUAGUAUAAUAAGAUAUGAACUCAAGGCUGUUUUCUGUGUAACAAUUAACUUUAUUCUCAACUCUACAUUCUUUUUAUACCCCACAUCACAUGACCACUUACCCCAGUUAUCCAAUCAAUUCUCACUCAUUUGAGUUUAGAUACUCAUGAAAACAACUCAUCAUGUCCAGUCUAUACAACAUGACAAACACAAGACAAUCAGGUCACUAAGUUCAGUCAGGACACAUGACAACGAUACUGGUCCAACAGUCACUAUUACUAGUACCAUUCACUAUUACUGGUACCGUUCAUUAUUACUAGUACCGUUCACUAUUACUAGUACAGUUCACUAUUACUAGUACCGUUCACUAUUACUAGUACCGUUUAGUUUACUAUUACUAGUACCGUUCACUAUUACUAGUACCGUUCACUAUUACUAGUACCGUUCACUAUUAUUACUAGUACCGUUCACUAUUAUUACUAGUACCAUUCACUAUUACUAGUACCGUUCACUAUUACUAGUACCGUUCACUAUUACUAGUACUGUCACAGGACCCAUGACACACAUUUUAACAUACUUAUUGCAGUGCUUCCAAAACAUUUGUUUAACCAAAAAUGUUUCAAUGUAGCGGUGUGGAAUAGAGAAAAAGUCGGGAUAUCUUGCCAGAGAUUAGCUGUUUUUUUAACAAUCAGACCAGAUAAUUUAGUUUCUACUACAAGUUUUUCACCUUAGAAAUCACAUAAAUCUGCAUUGACAUAUCGAACUUUAAGAAAUAAAUUAUAGUAAACUGUUUUUUUAAUAAAACAUCUGCAUUUGUAAAUUUAAUUUUUUUUCCUAGCCUAUUAAUUAUUGAGAUUCUUAUUUCUAUAAUUUGUGUAUUCAGAGAAGAUUCAACAAAGACUACAACAAUGAUCUUCGCACCUUUUUACCUCGCACUUUAGUCUUAAAAAGAUUAAAAGCAGCUGAUGCGGUGAGUUGAUUUACAAGCUAAAAGUAUUCUCUAUACAAAUAGAUUUCAAAGUUUUCUUUUCUUCUUACUUUGAAAAAUGCUUACAUAAAAAUUCACAAGGAACCAUCCAUAAAAAAAUUUCUACUAUCAUAUUUGGAACAUCCCGUUUAGAGACCAACCGAAUGUAAUUUUCUGGUUUCGACUGAAACCAAACUGAAAGUCAAAAAUGACUUUUGGCAGAAACAGAAACCAACACCCAAACUGACAGAUGUAUAACCGAGCACAAAAGUUUAAAAACUAUGUCGUGAAACAAUGAUGCAAUAAAAAAUUCAACAUUAUCAACAAUCAAAAUACACAAUUCUCUAUAUAACAAUGUCACUAACGCUACCAAAUAGGUCAUCAUGCAGCUGUAAGCAGUGUUCACAGAGGAUUAGUCAUAUAUAAUACUCUGACAGCAAGACGUUGAACAAUAAAUGAAUAUCAGAGUGACAGUCUUACAUCUGGUAGACGACUGAAAAUCUAAAUCAUUUUCAGACAAAACCAAAAAAUCAACUGAAAGUUAACAUUUCUGUUUUGGCCAAAACUUUACUGAAAAUGAUCAUAUGGCAACUUUCGUUGCAGGUUGCUGAAACGGAAAUUCAGUUGGCCUCUUAUCCCCUCCACCUCUUAUCUACCUCUUUAUCCAGUAGAUUCUUUCUGAUUAUUCAUUCCAUUUAGUUUAGAUUGAUGUGUUAUCAUAAAUUUGUUACCAUCCACAUUUACUUACAAAUUACUUCAGAUCUAUAGGGACUGAUCAUUUUUGUAUUCAAUUAACUCAAUAUAAUUAGUGCCCAUUGCACAUAACAUAGUUACAUGAAAGUCAGAUCUCGCUGUCAUGUAAAACUGAAACAAUUUGAAUUUAGUAUUUAGCAGUAUUUAGGUGGAAAAUACACGACCUCAUAUCCAGAAUCUGGCAGGAGGAAGACAUGCCAAUAGAAUGAGACAUUGCAUUUAUAAUCCCUAUUCACAAAAAAGUUGGUCUGCUAAAACUACAGAGGAACCUCCUUAAAACCGAUUUAAAAAACACAUCUAGAAAUGUAUAGAAAUGUGUAGCUUUUAGGGAAAUAAUUCGCCCUUGUAGAGCUGAUCUUGAUGUUAAAUUGAUGAAAUGGGUGGGGCCUAUCCUACAAAUCCUUUUUUAGUUUGACAAAUGCAUUUAGCUUCAAAUAAUUCUUCAAUGGAAGAUAGCUUUCUUUGUUUUUAAUCACUUUCAUGAUAAUGCCACUUGAUCGUGGUUUGAUGAGAAAUGAUCAAUUCCCACACCAGAUGGUUAAACACAAGUUAUGUAAGCUUCCAACUGUUGCACUGUAAAAUAUGUAAUAAUUAGUUUGUAAAUAUGUUUUUUUAAAGAAAAGUAUUUGACUUUUUUUUUAGUGAUUACAAGUGCUAGGCCUGCUAAUUUAUAUUAUAAUACAGAAUUAUGAAGUUGGCAUGAAUUAAAAAUUAACAAUUCAGCUUUUGGAAAUAACAAUUUUUCUCGUCAAUUAAGCUAAAAGCCUUUUUUUUUCAGCAAACAUUUACAUUUACAUUGCCUUAAAACUUAAUCAGUUAAUCUUUGUAGCUUCAGUGAGCGACUUGGACGAUUUGUCUAGGGACAUCAACCUGUGGAGUCAUGUUCUUGUAAACUUAUGUCCACUUAAUUCUUUUUAAAUCUAUUCUUAAAAUUGACACGUUUCAUUUCCAUGUCCUCAGAAACUUCAUCGAUUUCCACAGGAAAUUUAUAUGAAUUAAAUAUCCCAUUUUCCCUACCCCCACAGCUGCUGACCUGUUACAUGCAUAACAUACCUCUCCCACCCCAAUCCAUAUGGAUAACUUUUCCCUAAUGCCUAAUGAAUAGCCUUUGAUUAAAUGUAUAAUGUUUAAGAACGUUUUAUUUUGUAUUGCUGUAAUAUAAUUUAUUUUAUGAUAAUAUUAAUAAUUGUAAUUAUUUUUUAACAGCUAGGCUUUAAUAUCCGAGGUGGAAAGGAGCACAAUUUUGGUUUCUAUGUUUCAAAGGUGAUUAUUACAACCUUAUAUGUUUAAUUAAAUGCUUGAACUAAGAUUAAUUCUUAAAGUGCGUUCAAAUGAGAUAGUUUUUUAAGUUUAAAAUCAGGGAAUUAUAAAAUUGUAUAAAAUCUGCGUGGGUUUUUUGGAUUGAAUCAUUAAUGUAUGUAUACGGAUCAUAAACACUAACAAAGUGUCCAUUUUCUCUAAUCUUUGAAACUGGGCUUUACAAUUAACAUUCAAAAACUAUUCUUUUUUUUUCGGAUUUAAAUCUAUGGCUUGGAUGGGGUUAGUUACACUUUUGAAGUUACAGGUUAGCGUUAGGGUGGGCCAAGGUUUGUUAUAAUUUUGAAACUGAAACAAACAAAAAAACACCAAAGAAAUAAUCUUUUUAAAAAUCUCAACAGGGAGCAUUUAUAAGAUAAAAAUGUAGGCACCUAAUAAUCAGUUAUAAUAUUAAAAUGAAAGCACCUGAUACAAGUCUGCCAAUCUUUGCUUCAACUCGUUCACUGACCCUCACUUUCCUGUCUAUCUCUCUGAACUGUUGCUUCCUUACAUCCCCACAAGACAACUACGUUCUUCCAUUGACAGUAGAACCCUCUCAAUCCCAAGAACUAAAACUAAGACCAUCGGUGAACGCUCCUUCUGCUUCCAUGGGCCCACGUUCUGGAACCAGCUCCCCUUCCAUAUACGUCAUAGUGAAACCUCGUCCAUUUUCAAAAAGUCCCUUAAAACUCAUCUGUUUAGGUCCGCCUAUGACCUGUGAUGCACCCUCCUUGCCCUACCUCAUUUUCUGUUUCGGGUUGAUCCUGAAGUGUCAAAGUGUCCUCGUUUUAUAGCCAUUUUCAUUGUUUCUAUAGAAUAGUAGUUACUAUCCUAGUGUCUCAUUUGUAUUUACUUAGUUUACAUGUUUUAAUAAUUGUAAAGCGCUUAGAGCUUUAUGAUAAGCGCUAUAUAAAAAUGCCUAAAUAAAUAAAUAUUCAGUUAUAAGAUUAAAAUGAAAGCUCUUACUAUUCAGUUAUAAGAUUAAAAUGAAAGCACCUAAUAUUCAGUUAUAAGAUUAAAAUGAAAGCAGCUAAUAUUCAGUUAUAAGAUUAAAAUGAAAGCACCUAAUAAUUCAGUUAUAAGAUUAAAAUAAGGCACCUACUAUUCAGUUAUAAUAUGAAAAUGAAAGCACCUAAUAUUCAGUUAUAAGAUUAAAAUGAAGGCACCUAAUAUUCAGUUAUAAGAUUAAAAUGAAAGCACUCAAUAUUCAGCUAUAAGAUUAAAAUGAGGCACCUAAUAUUCAGUUAUAAGAUUAAAAUGAAAGCACCUACUAUGUGAGUACUGGUAUGAGUUUCAAUUUUGUCUCCUCUACCAAAUUUUUUCAAGCUUGGAGUUGAGGUUUUUUUGUGUUCUUCUUUUGCACACACUAAAGUAUCCUGAAUUUUUUUUAAGUGUUAUUUUAAAAAUACUUGUUUUAAUGCAUUUAUUUCAUUACCCUUGAGAUUUAUUUUAAUUUGAAUCAAUUUAGAUAAAGUUAAAAGAAAAAACUUUUCUAGUUGACCUGAUUUGCACUAACUAUAUCUCGUAAAUUGUUAACAGUUUAAGUACUACAUAACUCCAAUUGUUUAGGUAAUGCCAGGCAGUGAAGCAGCAAAUCUAGGUAUCCAAGAGGGUGACCAAAUACUUAAAGUGAAUAACAUUGAUUUUAAUACAUUAGAUCAUGCAGAGGUGAGUUGCAUCUUUAUCUGUAUCAUAACAGAAGAUUUUAUACUCUUGAAAAUAAAUAUAAUAAUAUAACUGUUAUAGCCUGUGUGUUGAUUUAGUUUUUUUUUCACCACGAGCCGUGGCAUGCAACCUUAUCUCCCACCUUUUGCUUUUGAGAUUAAUGUCACUUUAAAUAUGUAGCGCUCUACUAUUACUCACCCCUCCCAUGAUUGGGAAAAGGUUGUUUAUAAUGUAUUUUCUAAAUGGAAGGUAAUUUCUAGAAUUUCUGUUCUGGUGGGUUCUAACUUCCUCCCCAUAAAUAAGCCGUCAGUUUUCCCAGCCGAGAGUGAUUUGCUAGAUUUACUAAACUAAAUAUAUUUAUAAUGAACCUAAAAAUAUUGUAUUCUUUGUGUGUGUGUGUGUAUUGAUAUUUGUAUCUUUCGCGUCAUGUACUUUUUCACUUGCUGUGGUGUAAGUUGAUUAAGUUUUUAUUUAUGUAUAUUUGAUUUUCUAUUUUUAUAUAAACUUAAUAACGUACCGUAAUAGUAUAAUUACAUUGAAUACUGUCAAUAUCAAUAGCUUUGGUAUCGUUUUUCUUUGUAAACUGGUUUUCAGUCCUUUGUUACGUAUUGGUAUACUUCAUCUAACAAGCCAAAUCCUUAAAUUACAUUAAAUUUGCAAAACCAUGUACGUAACAAACUAAUUAUAAAUACUGGUAUAAUAAUUACGUUAAUAUGUAAAGAAAAUAUUUUUAAAAAAAAUAUUUUACCUCUUGUUUUAAUUAAAUAUUGUUAAAUAUUUUUUUUUCUGUAGGCAGUUAAAGUUUUGAAGUUCAGCACCACAAUAGAAAUGCUAGUGCGAUACUUUCCAUUUGGUAAUACUAAAAUACAUUUAUUGAUACCUAAACAUAACAAAAGAUGAAUGCCUUUAUUUAGUACUUAACAAUGAAACAUUUAUGUUUAGAGUUUUAAAAAUAUACCACUUAAAUGAUAAGGGCGAGCCUUAAAUUUAGUAAAUUUAUUAAAAUAAAAAUUUUAAAUAACAGAAGUGCAUAUUAUUAUACUUGAGAAUAAAAAGUGAACUAUUAACAAGUUAUUAUCCUGAAUUUAAGGUGAGUAAUGCAAAUUUAUCUUAGAUGGAAACCGAGAAUAAUUGUGCUGAUUUUGUUUAAAUUUUCAGGAUAUCAAAGAACAUAUGACAGAAUGGAUCACCAUUGACAAUCUGUUUCAUCUCCAUCCGAAAGUUGAUCCAAAUGACAGAAUGGAUCACCAUUGACAAUCUGUUUCUUCUCCAUCCCAAAGUUGAUCCAAAUGAAAGAAUGGAUCACCAUUCUUCUCCAUCACUAAAUUGAUCUAAAUGACAGAAUGGAUCACUAUUGACAAACUGUUUCUUCUCCAUCACAAAAUUGAUCUAAAUGACAGAAUGGAUCACCAUUGACAAUCUGUUUCAUCUCCAUUACAAAGUUGAUUCAAAUGACAGAAUGGAUCACCAUUGACAAUCUGUUUCAUCUCCAUUACAAAGUUGAUUCAAAUGACAGAAUGGAUCACCAUUGACAAUCUGUUCGAUCUCCAUCACAAAGUUGAUCCAACAUGCAUAGGUGGCCAUAAAAUGUGUAUCUAUAAAAACUCUGCUGAAUU